AUGAAGGUUCUAGCAAUUCUUGCUCUGUUUGGUGCUAUCGUGGCCUGCCAAGCCUAUCGUAUAAAGGGAUAUAGAGAUGACUAUGACGACGGUUAUGGAGGUGGUUAUAAAGGUGGUUAUGGAGUAGGAUAUAAAGGUGGAUAUGGAGUAGUAUAUAAAGGUGGAUAUGGAGGUGGCUAUGGAGGUGGCUAUGACGGCUACGAUAGAGGGUACGGAGGAGGGUAUGGCGGCGGCUACGGUGGCGGCUACGGCGGCGGAUAUAACGGCUACAGUGGCUAUGGCGGUGACUUUGGCGGUUACGGAGGUGGCCAUGGUGGAUUCGGUGGAGGCUAUGGCGGAUACCAUGCAAAAAAAUACUAA